CACUUCCUGUCAGCGGCUGUAGUUUUGUACGUGUUAGCUCCCAGCUUUAGCUUCACUAAGAGCCAGUUUUCAAGAUGGGAUGUGAUGGCGGGACGAUUCCAAAAAGACAUGAGUUGGUGAAAGGACCAAAAAAAGUCGAAAAGGUUGACAAGAAUGCCGAACUUGCUGCCAAAUGGAAGUACUGUGCCUUGAGCCAAGAAAAACUCAGGCGGCCCAUUGUUGCAUGUGAGCUGGGCAGACUUUAUAACAAAGAUGCUAUCAUUGAAUACCUCCUGGAUAAAUCUGCUGAGAGACCAAAUGCUGAGGCUGUUACGCACAUCCGUGGCAUUAAGGAUAUAAAUGAGUUAAACUUGACUGAUAACCCUGAAUGGGAAGGAGAGAGGAGAAAUGCAAAAGGAGACAGAUAUGAGGACAUCCACUCCAGCAUGUUUAUCUGUCCUGUUGUUGGGUUGGAGAUGAAUGGAAAGCACAGGUUCUGUUACUUGCAGUCCUGUGGCUGUGUGUUUUCAGACAGGGCCCUUAAGGAGGUUAAGACCGAAAUCUGCCAUAAGUGUGGGGAUCCUUUUAAAGAUGAAGACAUAGUUGUGCUUAAUGGCACAAAGGAGGAGGUUCAGAAGCUGAAGGAGAAGAUGGAUGAGAGUCGAGCAAAGACAAAAACCAAGAAAUCAAAGAAGAGCAAGGCAGUUGAAACUGUGUCUACACUCGCUGAAUCCCAAGUGCAUUAUCCCACUGGGAGUAGCCAUCAGGAGAUGCAGCAACAGUACUCAGAAGAUGCCCAGCCUCCACCAGUGGUGGUAUCUGGGGGGAAACCACAACAAAAUGGAGAUGAAAGCAGCCAAUCAGCUGUGGCUGGACCUUCCGGUGCCUCCAGCUCAUCUAAAGGCUCUAAAUCCUCCACGGCUCCAGCCACCAAGAGGUCCUUUCAAGACAUGAAGGAAAAGUCUGAGGUUUUCAAAUCCCUCUUCACCACACACAGCUCUGCUAAGCGUUCCAAAGACCAGACAUCCAACUGGGUCACUCACACACCUUAUCACUUUUAGCAGCUUUUGCUAAGUGCAGAAUAUGGGGAGGGGGAUUUGUUGUUUGUUUUGGAAUCCAUUAAAUAUGAAUCUCAUUCGGUAAACACAACACACGCAUCACUCAGCCUACCUUUUAAUAAAGUCACCAGGGUGUCAACUCAUUCCCAGUUUGCUUGUUCAGUUCCCAGUAGCUCCUUGUUUACAUGCUGCCAACAUUUUGUAAACCCCUCCCCAAACAUCUCAGACUUUGUUUUGUAACUAUAUGUCUAAUGCAAUCCUCUCAUGUAUUUCUCCACACCUCUGUAUCAGGUGGCAGGUAACUUGAGAAUUGCUGGCUUGUCUAAGUCAUCCCCUUUGGGUGUGUGUUGUUCUAUUGUCCUCUAAUAUCCAAAACGCAGCUCCUUCAAUUAAUGUCUAUAUGAAUAAAGCUUUUAAAAUUCUGAUAAAAAAUAUUGAUGCUAACUGGAAAAUAGCCAGUAGUAUGCCUUUGAAACGUAGCUUGUUCUGGUUUAUACCUUUCUGCAGUAACUGAUUUUAUUUAAACACAUUAGAUUAAGAUUUUCUUCUUCUUAAAAUAAUAUAACAUUGUCCCUGUUUCUGUAGAAUGUUUUUUUUUUUUUUUUGCUUUUAAAUUUUUUUUUAUUUCCUUUAAUUUCUUUCUCUAGUUCAUUACAAAGAAGGUUGAGAACAUUAGGGUGCUUCAAAGUUUUCAACGCAUAUUAAAGAAUCUCAUGUGUGUAAAUAAACAUAAGUCCUCCCAACACAAACUGAAAGCUGUAAUGUGAGACGUGAUGAUGGGAAAUUUAUUUAAGUCCUGGUUUUUAGUUUCAAGCAUCAGAGGGGUUAGUAAUUUGUUUCUUCUUCAAACAAUGGUCUUCUCUUUGUCUAUUUAUUUUUCUGUGCCUUUGUAGAUGAACUUUGAUGUGAAAAGUAAAAGUCUGUUACAAAUUUAGCACUCUUCUCCAGGCAAUCUUUUUUUUAAUCCAAUUAAAUAUACUUUGAUUUUCAUUUUUGCAAAUUAUCUCUUUAUUGCAUGUAGGAAACAGAUGUCACAAUAAGUUUUUAUUUAAUCAGAUUCAUUUUUUUCCUGUAAUGAUUUCCUCACGCUCUCUACUCUGUACUGUGCAUACUGGGAAGUAAAAUGCUUAACAAGU